CUACAGAAACGAUUCGAAAUGAACAAGUGGUUAGCUUGUAUUCCACUCUUUCUUGUGUUCCAUUCUCCACUGAUAAGAAUGAUGAAUUCUCUAUUCUUUUAAAUGAUUUUUGAUAAAUAUUAUUUUCAAAAGCAGGCGCUGUCAAGUUCAGGGAUGCUGGAAUGAAGAUAACUGAAGCAGUAACUACGAGUCUGUGACCACUGUGCUGGGAUAACUACGGUGGAUUUGGAAACGACGCAUACCGGCAUACGACACUUGAAAGUUUUUUUUUAAACGUGUCUAGAUCUCGCUCUGGAUUAGUUAUCAUAAGGCACGCAUCUGGAUGAGGUGUUAUGAAGAGCGCCUAUUUGCAAUUACACAUAGCCACAACGAAGGCACAGGCGAAGUGCAACAUAACAUCACCGGUGAUGCGUGCCGUAUGUUCCGGAAGUGUUUGCAUGGACUAUGUUCUUUGUGGCGGAUAUGGAAAUUGAGUCGCUGUUUUAUUACUCAAUAUAAAAUUUAUGGUUCCUGCGUAUCAUGCUUCCUCCAUAACAAUGGCGGAAUUACCAUGGAAAAACUUUGUAUGGGCAUGGGGUGAUGUGCCGUUUAUAAUUCUUCUAUUUGCGAUAAAGUUAUCGCUGCUGGAGUGCUCACAUGAUUCGAACAUAACAGGAGACGUUUUGAGGACAUUUUCUUUGGAAAAUGGCUCUGACUUCCGUCAGAUAUUGUACGAUCCCGUUUUGGCAACGAAUAUUUUACAUGUUGGAGGCCGUGAAGCCCUGUACAAACUGCGAGCCGACAAUCUAGAUAUCAUCAAUUUAAUUCCAUGGGAAGCCAAUGAAACCGAUCGAGAAAACUGUAGAAUAAAAGGCUAUGCCGAUCAAGAGGGAUGCCUUAAUUAUGUCACUGUGUUGCUCAAAAGUGGCGAUGGAAAUAAGUUAUUUGUUUGUGGAAACAAUGCAUUUAAUCCGGUCUGCACUUGGCGAAAGGCCGACGACUUGAAUCAAGAAUUAUCGCGGGAAGAUGGUGCGCUUUCCGCACUUAUGAGUCCAUUUCCCGCUAAUGUGUCAAUAGCCACAUAUACAGCGAGAAGUGGCGAUCUCUACUUUGGAAGCCGGUUUGCUUGGAAUGGCUUAGACCCGGGAUUUCAUCGCUACUCGCCGCAGUCUGCAGUGCCUAUAAUAAGGACACCAAAAAACAGCGCUUUAUGGGUGGACGACGCAUACUUUGUGGAGAUAUUUGAGAAAGGACCGUUUGCGUAUGUGUUUUUUCGUGAGACCGCUCGGGAAUUUUUCAGUAAAUCCAACGAAAAGAAGCCGGUUUACAGUCGUAUUGCACGAGUGUGCCAGAACGAUAUAGGAACCUCAAAAGUUACCGGUGUGCAGUGGACAACGUUCCAGAAAGCGCGAAUCGAAUGCCCACUACGUUUUGGAAGUUCCUUUGAUCGGUCGGCGAGUAAUGACGAUUCGUUCGACCAAGUACAACAGAUUGCCAUUCUGAAUGACAAUGCCGAACAGCUUGUUACUCCAAGAACCGUCUUCGCCGGCAUUUUCAACACGCCUGGCCACAGCCUUUUUGGGGCUGCCCUCUGCGUCUACGAGAUGCGAACUAUUGAGCGGGUUUUCGACGGAAGUUACCAGGAGCAGCCUAAUACUGCUUCGAUGUGGCAGAAACUCGAUACGCCUGAAUACCGAAACUUCAACUGUUCAGUGCGGAAGGACAGUCAAGGCAGAAAUGUGACGGUGCUUGAUCUGAAAUUUGCAAGUGACCCUCGGUUAAUGUUUGAAAGCGUUGGACCAGGAAUUGGGCCACUGUUUGACAAGCCAGUUGUCAUCGAGGAAAUGACGCAGUUCCAUUUUUUACAAGCGGAACGCAUUUCCAUAGGGAAUGAUCACUUUGUCUAUGUCUUCUACGUAAUAACGAGCCAUAAAGAUAUCCGCAAAUAUGUUCUUGAUCCGGCGGAUACCCGUUCCGGGCGAGCCUGUAUCGUGGCAGCAUGGACCAGUUUAUUUAAGCCACUUGAGAGCAUUUUAACGAUGAAGCUGUUAACGAAGCAGCAAGCGCUGAUUAUUGGGACAUCUCAACGGGUUAUUCGGUUGAGUAACCACGCUUGUUAUGAGCACUCUAACGAAAGAUCCUGUAUUGACUCGGGUGAUCCACACUGCGGCUGGGAUAGUCUUCGCCAGAUGUGUCGAGCUCAACCGGAAGGUGACAAGCAACACAACACCGGAUGGACGCGUUCCCGUCUGGACAAUUGUCACAGUAAUACGAUCUUUCCGGCAUGGGACGAGCAGGCGUGGUAUCCGUGUAAAGAGGAUGGCAGUCAUGAAUCGUGUCAGUGCCGGUCAAGAAAAUGCAUCGGCAGUCAGUGUCAUGCAAGACAAUUCCAAAUGACCAAUUGUACGCGGCACGGUGGAUGGACAGAUUAUUCUUCUUGGAGUGAAUGUUCACGGGCCAACCGCUGCCAGCAAAACCGUACCCGCAGUUGUACAAAGCCUCUACCACAAUUUGGCGGUAACGACUGCGAAGGCAGUGCACUGGACAGCAGAUCGUGCGAUGUGGGCGAAUGCGAGGCAAAAGCCGAUCUGCGCAUGGCUGUACCAUUGGCGGCGCCGGUGAUGUCGGGGGCGCGAUUUCAGGAUUGGGGUCCGUGGAGCGAAUGUUCACGCUCUUGUGGACGGGGAACGCAGCGGCGUACACGAUCCUGUAUGUUAGGGUCACCCACGGGGAAGUGCGAUGGACCCCAGGUGGAAAGCAAAGACUGCAACGUGGAAGACUGUCCACCCAUGACAAAGAUUGGUAGCUGGUCCAUAUGGAUUAGUGAUCCUCACAAAGGAUCGGCCGAAGCGUUUGAUGAACACAGAUUUCAGUGUGUGGCGAUUAUGAAUGGAACCGAACUGGAAGUUAAUUUGAAGCAUAACAAACGAGAAUGUCCAAAUGCCCGAGCGUGUCACACUGGCCGUGUAUACGAUGCCCGUGUGGAAGCUUCCUGGAGCCCCUGGAUGGAGUGCAACCAUAUCGGAGUACAGGAGCGUUUUUAUGAUUGUAAAGGUGCUGAACAACGUCCUUGUCCAGCAUUUGAACAACAAGCCACCGAGGACACUUCAUGGGGAUGCUGGUCCGAUUGGUCACCGUGCACGAAUAACGAACAGUCCAGACAUCGGAUCUGCAUAAAAGAUAGCAAGGCGUGUCGCCAUGGGGAAUCGACAGUUGAGGCCAGAGUGUGCAAAUUGUAUGAUGAGAACAAUAUAGAGACUGCCAGCUCCAUCAACCAAGCCGCUGCUUACGGCUCCCUGGGUUAUACGGGAUAUUUGAUUGUCGGAUGCGUUCUAUCAUUCCUGGCUGGUACCAUUUUAACACUUUCGAUUGUCACAUAUCGCCAAAAGCGGAAAAGUAAUCCGCACAACGAAGCCCCGCAGUAUCCCAUGGCGCCCUACAUGGAGCGGCAACCAGUCCAGCUGAAUACGUAUGCCAUCCCGCCGGGCCAUCACAUACCGAACGGGGAGAGCAAAGAUCAUGACACUGACCAUGACGACUACCCGGAAACGCAGGCCUUCGUCCCGAGCGAACCGGUCACGCCGAAAAACUUUGAACGGGGAGCACCCAUGAAAGCGUCUUUCAGGGGUGACAAUUUUGGCGGGAAGCCGGCGGCACAACGGCAGUUUUCCACAAGCCAGAAAAGCGAUCAGUAUUUUGCGUGAAGUAUUGUACGAAGAUGAGCACAGCAUAAGGUGAUGGGCAUACUACAGUGUAACGCUGGUGUGGAUGUGGUUAUGAACUGAUGCUCAGAUGCAGAUUGUGAUUGUUACGGCAGUUUAGCUGGUUUUAGACUAACGUGUCCUUGGACUUGUCUGUCUUUCAUGCACCGCGGGAUGCUGAGCUGGAUUUGCUGUAGAGGUAUUCUCGGAAAGUUUCGGUUGAGUUUUUGUAUUUAUGAAAUCUUUCUUUGUUGUGGCUCGUUGAAUUUUGUUUGGCUUUGUUGUACAAAUCAAAUUAUUGAAGUGAGAAAUUGA